UUCAAAACACGGAUUUUAGAAUGGCGACGAUUCAAGAGUUGAAGUCAGUAUUAAAGGAAACUUUGGAGAAUCGUGGCGUUCUUGGUCAAAUUCAGGCCAGGGUACGAGCUGAAGUCUUCAAUGCCUUGGAUGACCAGACAGAUCCCAGACCACCUCUGAGUAAUGAGAAUAUGCUGAUAAAUGAACUAGUCAGGGAAUAUUUACAGUUUAAUAAAUACAAAUAUACGGAGUCAGUUCUUCUUGCAGAAUCAGGGCAGCCAACCACACCAUUAGACAGGCAGUUCUUGACAAAUGAACUCAACAUAACAGCAGACCGAGAUACAGCAUCAGUACCUCUGUUGUACGGAAUUAUUGCUCAUUUUUUAAACCAAAAUAAGAAAGAUAAAGCUAGCGCUAGGAGCAGUACACAUAGAAGACAGCCGUCACCGAGUAGAUUUAGAACUUCACAGUUAGCUGCUGAAAGAGAUCUAGAUUUUCCGUCCACUAGCCAUGGCUUGGAAGCGGAACCACUGGAAGUUAGAGGAGCAGGUGGCAGAUGAAACUAAAUAGCAUGGAAUAGUGGUGGCUAAUAUGUUAUUAUUUAUCACAAGUGCUUCCAAUCUUAAUAUUUGUUUUUAAGUUAAUUGCCAUAAUUUGUUACCACACAGUACUUAAUACUAGAUUUUAUUUUAUUUUUCAAGAUGUUCAACACAUAAAACAAGACAAUAGUUUGCAUGUGCAUGGCAACAGACCAUUUCUGUUCAGUGCAAUAUCCCAUGUCAAGUUAUGUAUGAAAUGGAAUGUAAAAACAGG